AAAGAAGAAAAAAAGAAGCAUAUACUAAUUAAUAAUAUUUUUUUAAUAUAUAAAAAACUAACAUUUCUAACAAUCUUUACUCAUCAAAUAUAAAAGGUCUCGCCAUUUCAAUUUUCUCACUCUCUUUCCUCGCCGCAUUUUCCUCACAAACUUUCAAACUCUCAAGUCCGUGCGUUGUUGAAAUGGCGAAUCGAUGGCUGAGGCCCGAGGUUUAUCCGCUGUUUGCGGCCGUAGGAGCUGCAAUAGGGAUCUGCGGGUUCCAGCUUGUCCGCAAUAUCUGCAUCAACCCUGAAGUCAGGGUGAACAAGGAGAAGAGGGCUGCUGGAGUGCUGGACAACUUUGCUGAGGGGGAGAAGUACGCUGAGCAUUUCGUAAGAAAAUUUGUCCGCAACAAGUCCCCAGAAAUUAUGCCAUCCGUCAACAACUUCUUCACAGACCCAAAUCGAAGCUAAACUCUUGAAUAAAGAGAACUAAGUGGAGAUAUGAACCCUAGUAUGAUUGUUAUUUGCAAUUGAAAACUGUGUUAAAUUUGCAUCUAGUGGAUGUCGUUGAAUUUAUAAGUGUGGGUGAAUAAAACUUGAAUUUUAUAUGUGAGAUAGGUUAACUGCAUCCACUUGGAAGGAAAAUUUCCUGUGGUUCCUUACCUGUUUUAAAUUGAAUUGGCAGAUGUGUAUUUCAUUCAAAUGUCUUAGUACCAUUUUGGGGCA